CCCCGUCUCCACUAUCUAGACCAGGUCUGGAUGUCAGAGGAGCCAGAAGGCUUGGUCAAGGGAGCCCGUAGCAGUGGUCCCCUAUCGUCGUGGCCCGAGACACCACUGCAGAUGACCGCCGGCUGUGGAAAUUAGAGGAGCGUGGCUGCAGCCCUGGAACUCAGACAUCGACCCAGAAGCUAGAACUAAGGCAACAGAGCCUGGGGCUGCCGAAGUGGUUGAGAUGAUAUCCUGGAGAGGAGGGAGCUGCAGAGAGAAGGUACCAGAAGUCCGUGCUGACAUCCACUUCUUGCCAGUGCACAACUUCUAAGCUCCUGGACAAUCGUAGGGGUGGCUGCUCUCAUCCUGCUCCUGGUGGCCCUGCUGGCUCGCGUCCUCGUCAAACGAAAGCCGCCCAGGGACCCGCUCUUUUAUGUGUAUGCAGUGUUCGGAUUUACCAGUGUGGUGAACCUCAUCAUCGGACUAGAGCAAGAUGGAAUCAUCGAUGGCUUCAUGACUUACUACCUGAGAGAGGGUGAACCGUACCUGAACACCGCCUACGGCCACAUGAUCUGCUACUGGGACGGCUCAGCCCAUUACCUGAUGUACCUAGUGAUGGUGGCCGCCAUCGCCUGGGAGGAAGGUUACAGAACCGUCGGCCUGUAUUGGGUUGGCUCUAUUCUCAUGAGCAUUGUUGUGUUUGUGCCUGGAAACAUUGUAGGGAAGUAUGGAUCCCGAAUUUGCCCUGCUUUUUUCUUAAGCAUACCAUACACUUGUCUUCCCAUCUGGGCUGGCUUCAGAAUUUACAAUCAGCCAGGAGAGCCUUGUAAUUACCCCUCCAAGGUUGUGCAAGAAGCACAAGCGAAGGACCUGCUGCGAAGACCGCUGGACCUCGUGCUGGUCGCAUGUCUCCUACUGGCCACUGGCUUCUGUCUCUUCAGAGGCCUGAUCGCCUUGGACUGCCCGGCUGAGUUCUGCCGGCUGUACACUCAGUUCCAAGAGCCCUACCUCAAGGACCCCGCCGCGUACCCCAAGAUUCAGAUGUUGGCGUACCUGUUCUAUUCUGUCCCGUACUUUGUGAUGGCGCUGUACGGCUUGCUGGUUCCUGGCUGCUCCUGGAUGCCUGACCUCACGCUGCUGCACGCUGGAGGCGUUGCGCAGGCUCAGUUUUCUCACAUUGGUGCUUCUCUUCAUGCUAGAACUGCUUAUGUCUACAGAGUCCCCGAAGAAGCAAAAAUUCUUUUUUUAGCAUUAAACGUAGCGUAUGGAGUUCUUCCUCAGCUCCUGGCCUACCGGUGCAUCUACAAACCCGAGUUCUUCAUAAAAACAAAGGCAGAUGAGAAAGUGGAAUAGAAAGACGCCCGACUUCACAUCCUUCCUCUGCUCCCUGAUUUUGUUACCCUGGUACUGAUACUUUGUCCCAUGGUUCUCCCUCCAUUCCCAAAUACUUAAGACUACACAAA